AACUGUUUACCACGCGACGCGUUUUUCAUGUCACUAACUUUUACCUCGCACUCUCCACCAGUUUUGCUCCACCAAAAAACUGUGACAAGGGCAGCACAAAAUUCCAGUUCGAAGACUCCGUGGUUUCCCUCUGCUCCGUUCUGAGUGUUUCACAAUGUCUGCCGUUCAGAAGAAAUCAGCAGCUCAGUUGCAACGUGAAGAGGAGGAAGCCCGGAAAAAGCUGAAACGGCUGGCAAAGCAGGGCGGCGUUGAGGGUCGACUUCCUAUGAAACGUCUUUUCCGUCAGAGAGCUCAUGCAAAUGUGUUGUCGGAUCAUGAACUUGACUAUCCUAGAAACCCCUCGGAAAUGGAUUGGUCUCCGUUGUACCCGGACAUAAAGAAUCAUCCCGAACGUAAAGUAGAAAUCGUCGACAUCGGUUGCGGUUAUGGUGGUCUUACCGUAGCUCUCGGUCCCCAUUUCCCAGACACGUAUGUCUUGGGUAUGGAAAUUCGUAUGCAGGUGACGGACUACUUGACAGAGAAGAUUCAAGCUCUGCGGUAUCGUGCAGAAAACGAAGAGCCUGUACCUGGUGGCUACCAAAACAUUUCAGUUCUCCGUAUGAACUGUCAAAAGUUUCUUCCUAAUUUCUUUGAAAAAGGUCAAUUGACCAAAAUGUUCUUCUGUUUCCCUGAUCCUCACUUCAAGGCUCGUAAGCACAAGAACCGCAUUAUUACCACUACAUUGGCCUCAGAGUAUGCUUAUGCUAUCCGCCCUCACGGUAUCUUGUAUACAAUUACCGACGUUGAAGAGCUUCACAUUUGGAUGGUCCAGCAUCUCGACGCUCAUCCUCUCUUCCGCCGUCUUACGAAACAAGAAGAGGAAAAGGACAUCUGCGUGACGCUGAUGACUCAUGAAACAGAAGAGGGCAAAAAGGUGGCUCGCAACGGCGGUCAAAAAUUUGUUGCCUGCUAUGAAAGACUGCCAAACCCCGAGUAAUCUCGCUCUCUUUUAGCAUUGUGUUUUGUACAAUCUUCUAUAAAAAUAAUAUUAACAAACCAUUCGCCCUUCUAAAACACCUUUACUCAUCUCCACUACGAACCAAGCAACGUCUUGCUAACUACCGACUGCAUUCACUAUAGCUGAAUAGAAUACACUAAGUCUCCA